AGACUGUGGAAUGUGUCUGUGUACUGUGGUCGAGUCCAGUAUGGUGAAGUAUAGGGUUAGUGGGGUCGGGGACCGUAUGGGGGAUAUGCAGGGUCCCGGGGAGGAGCGGAUAUCCAGUGAAAUGCGGGGGUCCGGGGGAGACGUGAUAUAGUGAAUGCGGGGUCCGGGGAGACCGGAUAUAGAUGGAAUGCGGGGGGUCCGGGGAGACCGGAUAUAGUGAAUGCGGGUCCUUCGGGGAGACCGGAUAUAGUGAAUGCGGGGUCCGGGGAGACCGAAUAUAGUGAAUGCAGGGUCCGGGUGGAGACCGGAUAUAGUGAAUGCAGGGUCCUGGCA